CCCUUAAGUAUAAAAAGACAGCGGCCUGUCCUGAGACUCUGCAGAGAAACGAUAACCACUUGGACUCACCAAGAGAGACUUACUGCCCACAGGAGCAGCAGCAGCUGAAGCCCACAUUCGGAGCUCUUCAGGAAUAGAAGCUCAGAGCUACAUUUGAAAACUAUCUUCAAGAAGCAAAAGAAAGGAUAUUCAAGAUGCCUGAGAAAGCUGGACACGUCAUGGAGGAGGAUGUGGAGACCUUCGCCUUCCAGGCUGAGAUUGCUCAGCUUAUGUCCCUUAUUAUCAACACCUUCUACUCCAACAAAGAGAUCUUCCUUAGGGAGCUUAUCUCUAACUCCUCAGAUGCCUUGGACAAAAUCAGAUAUGAAAGCCUGACAGACCCCAGCAGGCUUGAGUCCUGCAAGGAACUGAAGAUUGAAAUCAGGCCUGACCUGCACGCUCGCACACUGACCCUGAUUGACACAGGUAUUGGCAUGACAAAGGCUGACCUGAUCAAUAACCUGGGCACAAUCGCCAAGUCCGGCACCAAGGCUUUCAUGGAGGCCUUGCAGGCUGGAGCUGACAUCUCCAUGAUCGGUCAGUUUGGUGUUGGUUUCUACUCUGCCUACCUUGUGGCUGACAAGGUUACGGUCAUCACCAAGCACAAUGAUGACGAGCAGUACAUCUGGGAGUCGGCAGCUGGAGGGUCAUUCACAGUCAAACCUGACAUGGGAGAGUCCAUCGGCAGAGGCACAAAAGUAGUCCUUCACCUCAAAGAAGAUCAGACAGAAUACUGUGAGGAGAAGCGCAUCAAGGAAGUUGUGAAGAAGCACUCACAGUUCAUCGGCUACCCUAUCACACUCUACGUGGAGAAGACCAGGGAGAAAGACGUGGACCUUGAUGAGGGAGAGAAGGAGGAAGAAGUUGAGAAAGACGCCGCCGAGGACAAGGACAAACCUAAGAUUGAGGAUGUGGGCUCCGACGAGGAUGAGGACACAAAGGAAAGCAAGAACAAGAGGAAGAAGAAGGUCAAGGAGAAGUACAUCGACGCUCAGGAGUUGAACAAAACCAAACCAAUCUGGACCCGUAACCCUGAUGACAUCACCAAUGAAGAGUACGGAGAGUUCUACAAGAGUCUCACCAACGACUGGGAGGACCACCUGGCUGUCAAGCAUUUCUCAGUGGAGGGUCAGCUGGAGUUCCGCGCCUUGCUCUUCGUCCCCAGAAGGGCUGCAUUCGAUCUCUUUGAGAACAAAAAGAAGAAGAACAACAUCAAGCUGUACGUGCGCAGGGUCUUCAUCAUGGACAACUGUGAAGAACUGAUUCCAGAGUACCUCAAUUUCAUCAAGGGUGUGGUGGACUCUGAGGAUCUGCCCCUGAACAUCUCCAGAGAGAUGCUGCAGCAGAGCAAGAUCCUGAAGGUCAUCCGCAAGAACCUGGUCAAGAAGUGCCUGGAACUCUUCACUGAACUGUCCGAGGACAAGGACAACUACAAGAAGUACUACGAGCAGUUCUCCAAGAACAUCAAGCUUGGCAUCCAUGAAGACUCUCAGAACAGGAAGAAGUUGUCUGAUCUGCUUCGCUACUACACCUCCGCCUCUGGAGAUGAGAUGGUUUCCCUGAAGGACUAUGUUUCUCGCAUGAAGGACAAUCAGAAGCACAUCUACUACAUCACAGGUGAGACCAAAGACCAGGUGGCUAACUCCGCCUUCGUGGAGCGCCUUCGCAAAGCCGGCCUUGAGGUCAUUUACAUGAUUGAGCCCAUCGAUGAGUACUGCGUCCAGCAGCUGAAGGAGUAUGAUGGCAAGAACCUGGUUUCAGUGACCAAGGAAGGCCUGGAGCUGCCUGAAGAUGACGACGAGAAGAAGAAGCUGGAUGAGCUCAAGAAUAAAUUUGAAAACCUUUGCAAGAUCAUGAAGGACAUCCUUGACAAGAAGAUUGAAAAGGUCACAGUCUCCAACCGCUUGGUGGCUUCCCCCUGCUGCAUCGUCACCAGCACCUACGGCUGGACAGCCAACAUGGAGAGGAUCAUGAAGUCUCAGGCCCUGAGAGAUAACUCCACCAUGGGCUACAUGACGGCUAAGAAACACCUUGAGAUUAACCCUCUGCAUCCAAUCGUUGAGACCUUGAGGGUGAAGGCUGAGGCUGACAAGAACGAUAAGGCUGUGAAGGACCUGGUUAUCCUCCUGUUCGAGACUGCGCUGCUGUCUUCAGGAUUCACACUGGAAGACCCUCAGACGCAUGCGAACCGCAUCUACAGAAUGAUCAAGCUGGGUCUUGGCAUUGAUGACGACGAUUCUGCAGUUGAGGACCUCAUUCAGCCUGCUGAGGAAGAUAUGCCAGUCCUGGAGGGAGACGACGACACAUCAAGAAUGGAGGAAGUUGACUAAACACUUAGUAGCCUACAAUCUUUCCUGCUUUAUUCAUUUUUAUUUUUGUAAGAUGUAUUGCUUCUUCAAAUCGACAUUUCAUUCUAACACAACCUUCAUCUUCAUCAAACAGUAUUAACUGGUCAACAGAAGUUAAUUAAUGGAAUUAAUGUAGGCCACAAUGUGGCUUAGUCUAAAUCAUAUAAGCUGCUUGGAUAAAACUACUGACAAUAAAUUAAGAGUGAUAUAAAGCCACGGGGAAUUUGGCUUAUGUCUCUUUUUGUAACUGUUACAUUUUUUCUAAGAAAUGUAUUCAAAAUUUGUAAUAAAAUCUAUUUAGAAAUCAAA